AUGAAACAAACGGAAGAAAAUGAAUCCGUCGUCGGCCCGUUCGUGUUUUCCAACUGCGGCGCGGUGUCCGUGCACAGAUUCAGAGAAGAAGAGGAAAGCUUCGCGAGAGGCAACGAAAGACAAACGAGCGUAUCCGUGAGAUACGGAACGAUUGUACACGUGGACGAUGAGAAUAAGUUAAGAGCGUUUGAUGUGGACGAGGUUGGGAAGGAAGUGAUGGGACUGAAAGGGAGGAAAGAGAGCGAAGCGAUACUUUUUUCAUCCUCGACGUCGGACGAGAAGAAGAAUGAGAAUACUAAAGGUGUCGUAAAAGGAAACGUGAAAAUAGUGAGCGUGAAACCGAGGAGCGAAGAUGUCGUCGCGGUCGUUGUCAGCGAUGGAGACGAUGACGUCUUGGAGUUUUACGACGUCGUCGGUAAAGGCGCGCUGAAGAGACGAGAGGAAGGUACUUUUACGAAGACGAAAAAGGUAAAACAGUUCGUUUGGGAGGAGAAAGAGGAUGGUAUGAGCUAUGUUGUUGUCACUGAAGGUGGAACGUUGAUUCGGAACGGGACGGAAGAGGUGGCAGGUGGAGGCGUUGAGUGCGCGGCGUGUCAUCCAAAGACGAACGCGUUGGCGUACGCAAACGCAAAGGGCUCGGUAUUCGUCGGGGAAGACGUUGUGAAUUUGAACGACGUAAAGCGAAUCGAAUCGAUUGCGUUUCCAAACGAAAACAGCGACGAUUUGGUUUUAGUUUCUAUAUUAAACGGAGAAGAUGAGUGCAGAUUGCUUGCGUUGAGGAAGAAGGACGGCCAGUGGACGGCGAGCAAAUUAGGCGGAGGGUUCGAUAUCGAUCCCACGCAGGACGCGGCGACUGGGAAUCCUUUGCACGUCGUCCCAAUUAAUGGUUGGGAUGUCGCUUUGUGUGCGCACGCGCGCGCGUGGGAUAACCAAGUGCUUCUCGUGUCCACGUCCGCAUCAGAACCGUGUCGCGUUUUAGAAAUCGACGACGAUAGGUGCUUUUGCACGAUCCCUUUAGCUUUCGACGACGAGAAUAAUUUUGUUUCUGGCGUCGCGGUGGAUUACGGCGCCUCGUGCGGGGCCAUGUUGAACCCAUCCGACGGCGGUGCUGGUGACUUACCCCUAGGACCGACAGUUAUCCUUUCCACGUCGGAUGGACGCAUCGCAUGCUUUCGAUUGGCGUGUUUGACAGAUCCGCCCGGGUAUAGGAUUGAAAAGACUCCCAGAGAAGAGCCGGUAAAAAUACAAACGUUGGCGGCACCGCAAAAAAAAGAAGAUGAAGAAAAAGUAGAAGCUCCAGCGCCGGUUAAAAAUUUGUGGGGUGCGGAUUUCUUGGCGAAAAACAAAGCACAUCAGGCGAAAGUUCAAGAAGCUAUCGAAGAGGAGGAGAAACCGAAAUCGGCGUUUAGCUUUGUUCCACCCGCAACGGGGGAUAAACCUGCAUUUAGCUUUGGUCCACCCGCGACAGGGGAGAAACCUGCGUUUAGUUUUGGCGUUCCUUCGACGCCGGCGGCAGACUUGAAAAAGGAAAACGAAGAAAAAGAAAAAGAAAGAGACAACGUCCCGCCGCCAACUCCAGUACCAGAUCCGACGCCACCUAGAGCAGCGCCGCCAUCAAGAACAACACCUACGUCCGCAGUUCCUUCUUCUCCGUCCGCUCCUACCUCGUUCGAAGCGCUCGCGGAUGAUCCUACGAAACUCUUGGAGCAACUCUCGCUUGGUAAAAUCUCAGACGUAGCUGCGGCGCGCGAAAAGUUAAAACAACUGUUUUUGAAGGAGCACGAAAUCGAAACUACGCCAAAGCAGAAAAUUUCUGCAACAAGUAGCGGAGAGGCGAGUACUGCUUCACCAGUUCCAGUGAUGCGGUCUAUAGAUGUAACAAAAAUCGCCGACGAUUCGAAGGCGUUAGCGCCGAUGGACCCGAAGGCUUCGCCAUUACCUUCUUGGGGUAAAAAGUUGGAAGGUGUUCCAAAGACCUCAGCCGCUUCAGGUGUGAGUACGUCAAAAGAUAUUGCAAAUGCUCUCAAACUUAUUGCGAAUGAUUUCGAAAACGCGAAACUUGAGUGCGACGCUAUGUUAUCGGACUGUAACGACGCGUGCGAUGCGAUUCAAAAUGAAAAUUCUGCAUUCGCUGCGAGCGCGAAAUUUUCAAAAAAACACUUUGAUAUUUCUACGCAAGCCAGAGAUUCAGCUCGAGAUGAAAUCCAGGAGACGAAACGCGUCGCGAGGCUACAAAACGAAGCCAUUGGUGAACUUUGGUCGCGCGACCGCCAGAACGAAACCAUGCGAUGUGAACUCGAAAGUCUCAUCGAGGCUGCACAAGAAAAUCUGGAGAAGAACCAAAAUCAAAAUCCCGACGACGAAGAUUUGACUGAAAUCGUCGAUUUAGAUAUGGAACUCCCAACAGGUUUGCGAAAGUUGAAAGCUCAGCUGCGGCGAGAAAUGGAUGUCAUCGCGCAAGGAGCGGCUGAUUUCGAAGUGCGUACAAAUCUCGCCGAACGCGAGAAGAAGCGGCUCGAUCGCAUCAAGAAGGCAGCCGGGAGCAGCAGUUCAAAUUCAGUCUUGACGAUGAAUCAGAGUCGCUCGCAAGAAACCACGAGAGCGUUGAAGGCAGCAAUCGAAACGCAGAAAGAAGUCAUCGAAGAUCAGAAUGAACGUUUGGAAACAACUAUUGCGGAUCUCCGCGAGUUUGGGUACGACGCUGACGUGCGCGUCGGGAAGGAUGGGAGAGUUGAAGUGAAUGCGAUUGAAACUCCCGGUAAGCAACGCUUAGCGGCGUUAUCGUCUGAUGUGAUGUUUAGCACGCCUGGAACGGCCUCGAGAGGUAGAGGUGACGAUAAUCUCGGAGUGGACGUGCCGACGACUUCGCACAAGGAAGCUAUGGAUCGCGCGAUCAAAACGCUCGUCAAGCAACCUCGAGUCGUAGUCUCUGAAAUGAAGCGAGACGUUUUGAAGCAACCGCUUCGCCGCAUAGAACCGCGAAUGCCUCCGAAGCGCAUCGAGAGAACAGUUUCUGCGCCGCCUGUAGUAUCUGCUUCUGCUUUUGCUCCUGUUUCUGCCGCGAAGAAAGUGGAGGUUCCUCCACCGCCAGGGGCGGCGGCGCCGGCUAAGGCACCACUCUUCCCGGCGUUCUCAGCACCUGUUGCAGCGGCACCGUCGAAACCGAAAGAAGCGCCGAAGAAAAUGGAAGUUCCUCCGCCACCGUCGUUGACUGCACCUUCCUUGGCACCCAAAAAAAUGACGAACGAGGAAGAGGCAGCGUCGAAGAAACCUUUGUUCCCGAGUCUUUCGGCGUCGUCGGCCCCAGCUGCUCCUGAAGCAGCGACGGCAUCUAGCACCGCAUCCUCUGUGACUCCAGCGAAACCAGUGGUGAACUUAUGGAGCGCAGACUUCAUGGCUAAAAAUAAAGCAGACCGAGCGAAAAUUCAAGAAGCCAUUGAAGAGGAGGAGAAGCCAAAACCUGCAUUCAGCUUUGCGCCAUUGUCGACGAGUAGUGGUGGCGACAGUAAGCCGGCCUUUAGUUUCGGCAUCGCUAAAAACCAACCCGAGAAGAAGAAAGAAGGAGAAGAAGAGGAGAAGAAGGAAGAAAGUGCUGAUGAUACUACUACUUUUCCUGCUCCUCCCGUUGCUUCUGCUCCUGUAACGCUGGCAUCCUUGGCGCCGGCGCCGGCGGUGAAACCGCUCGGCUUUGGAACUUCUUCAAUUGCAACGAGCGUCCCGAAAUCCAAAGCAUUCGGAUCUGUCGAAGAGUUAAAACUGGAUGAUAGUAAGGAAGGAGAGAAGGAAGAGGACAUUCAGUCUUCACCGCCACCGUUACAACGCGCCGCGGCGAGUGCGAGCUCUGAGAAGACUGUGUUCAGCUUUGGAUCGCUCGCGACGGCGGCGCCAGCAAAGAGGAAAGAAGAGGGUGAAACGUCCGCUCUAUUUUCAGCGCCUCCAGAAACCCCGAAAUUGGCACCUCCGUUGGUGCUUGCUAAGGAAAAGGAAGCUGCUGAAGCUCCGGUGACAGACGUCGCGUCGAGCUUUGGCAGUUUCGGAGGUUUAGGUUCGACGACAUCAACGUCUGCAGUAGGUGGAAUUUUUGGUAAGUCUGCGGUGCCUACGUCUACUACUACCGUGGCCGGUGCACCAACGGUGGCACCUGCGUUCGGAAAGCCCGCCGCUUCGGUGGCUGGUGUACCGGGUACGGGUACUUUUUCAUCGUUUGGUAGUGUGAAUCCGCCUGCGUCUACAGGAGCCGUUGCUACGAGCACUGGUUUUGGAUCUAGCGGUGGUGGUGGUGGUGCAGCCGCGCUCACUGGCACGCCUGGUUUUGGCCAAGCCGCAACGAUUGGUGGAGGCGGAAGCGCAGCUUUUGGCACGCCCACUUCAACAUCUUCUUUUGGUCAACCUUCAACGAGUGGAGGCGCGGCAGCAUUGACGGGAACUCCAUCGUUCGGCCAAGCGGCAAAGAUUGGAGGUGGUACGCCUGCGUUCGGCUCUUCAACACCGCAGAGUACUUUCGGCCAAGCGGCAGCGACUACUGUUGCCGCCGCUACUGCCCCGUCGACGCCUGCUCCGACGUCUGGUUUCGCUGCUUUUGCAAAUAAACCGACUGGAUUUGGUGCCGCCGCGGCGGCUUCCGGCGGAGGUGGUUUUGGCGCGCUGGCGAGUCAAAGUGGUGGUGGAGGUGGUUUUGCGCAAGCCGCGCAACAAGCGUCUUCUAGUCCGUUUGCGCAACAAGCGCAACAGCAAGGCGGUGCUUUCGGGCAAGCGUCUAGUUUUGGCAAUCAGCAGCAGCAACAACCACAAAGUUCUGGGAGUUUCGGGCAAACGAGCGGUUUUGGACAACCUUCUGCUGGUUUUGGACAACAACAAGGUACCGGUUUCGGACAACAACAACAAAGCACUGGAUUCGGGCAACUACAACAACAAAGCACUGGAUUCGGGCAACAACAAGGUGCUGGAUUUGGACAACAACAAAAUACCGGAUUCGGACAGGCUUCUGGUUUCGGGCAAGCUUCUGCUUUCGGACAAGCUUCUGGUUUUGGCAGUCAGCAACAAAAACCUCCCGGACAAACUUCCUCCCCUGCGUUUACUCAAAUGCGACGAUAG